AUUUUAAUCACAAACACACAUAUAUGCACAGAACAAUUAUUUUUUUAAAAUUAUCAUUUUUAUUAUUUUUAUUGUGUGAGAAAAAACACUUGCACGCACAAUUUAAUUGUUUAUAAUUUCACAUUUAUAGGAUGCAAAAUAAAAUCCACAAAUGACGCGAAUCACAUGUAAGCACUGUUGUACGGAAGCGCCUACGCGCCACGAGGCAAAGAGAGGAAAUCUGUUUCUGCUAAUGUCGUUUUAGCUUGUGAAACAUAGGAACACGUUCGAUGGUUCGCUGGUUCGGUGGUUCGAUGAUGUGAUUGUUCCUAAAUAAAAAAUUAAAAAUAAGAAAUAAAAAUGAACCAAAUUAAUUUAAAUCGACAAUUUUAAUGUAAUAAAAUAUUUUUUAGAUAUUAUUUAUAACAGAUAUUAAUUACGAGGAAACCGAAAGAACAGUAAGGCCACUUAUUCGAAAAUAUGACGAUUCAUUGGCAGUACACAUGAUCAAUAAACAAUUGUAUCAUUACAAGAGUCACUUUGGAAUAAUAAUAAAAAAAGGAACAACUUUUUCUGUGACGACUAAGGCAUUAAAAAAUCUUAGAAAUAUUUACUUUUACUGUAUAACUGAAAAGUAUAAUGUUCAUGAAAUAAAAUUUAGAGAUCAUAGUAACAUUACAAAAGUUUUGACAGCAACUUCUGAUUGUGUACCAAUGAUGUCUGUAUCAUACAACGUCGAUGUGGAAAUGAAAAUAAAAACAAAAAAUUGGAUCGAUCUACCUGUUUUGGAUACUAGAAAUGUAACGUAUCGCAUGUCAAUGGAUGCUGAAAGAGAGUUUUAUAAAAAAGUAGAAGUUUAUGGUUUCGUUGAGAAUUACUACGUACAAGUGCUGCUGACAGCAAAAGACAUCAUGGAAAUGCAAUCCAAAAAUUACAGUCUAUUGGUUGGAGUACAAAACCAAAUAGAUAUAAUUAAAUACUACAAUUAUUUGACAAGCGCGAGUCGAUAUGUAAAUAAAAAUGAUUCAUACGCAUAUGCUUUAGUUGAAAAAUACAGAAUUUUUAGCCGUACUGAAGAAGAUUUCUACGGGGGACAUUUAUAUCCAUACGGUAUAGCGUUCACCUCUGCAGCAGAUACAUUUUUAAAUCCUAUUCGAGGAUUUGAGUGGGGCUUAUUACACGAAAUUGCUCAUUAUUAUGAUAUUGAAGGGACUGUUAACGGUAUUGGAUACACCGUGGAAUCGUGGACUAAUAUUUAUUCUGCAUUCUAUCAACACAAAUUUUCCUCUAUGGAUUAUUGGCUUGAUUACGAAGAUCACGAGAACAACACGCUUCUAUCGAAUUAUCGCAAUGGAAUUACUAUCGAGAAUAAAAAAUGGGAUUAUAGGGAAAAAGUACACUUCUACUUGACAUUGUUCGGAUAUGAUGGUACUGACAAAUCUUUCAGAGAAUUCAACAUUCGAUACUUUUCUAAAAAUAAUACAGACAAAAAUGAUGUAAUACCAAUACUUUUAGAAGUCUUCUUUGAUCUAUACAACAUAAACAUAUUGCCAUUUUUAAAGAAAGUUAUCAACUUUAAAACUAUUCCUUCCCUGUCGUAUAAUUUAGAAAUACGACUUUUGAACGGUCGGGCUGUAAUGCCAGCCAUUGAUUUCGGCCUGAAACCAACUGACAUGAAACUUAGGAGCAGAGAAAAAGAUUGGAGACAACAUUUGCCUUUAAAGUUUAUGACUAAAAUGAAGAAAAAGUUCGUUGAGGUGAUAUUUACUAUUGAAUCCCCAAUAGACCCCACUGGUGCUUGUCUGUAUUUGAAUAACAUUUGUCACACUAUUGUUGGCAAUCGUAUGAACAUCAAAUUAUUAUCAGACGUUUAUUCAGUUUAUAUUCUAAGUAAAAAAGACCAAGGCAUGUAUGCUAGUGAUAUAGAAUACCACACCAUAUCAAAAGAUACAAAUGUUUAUGUCAAAGUAAAGGAUUUGCGGGAAACAGAAUCAUGUUUAUCUCUAAUACAAUAUUCCUUUAUUAUUCAAGGUCACGGUUCGUGGACAUUUAUGAAAAUUUUGAUAGAUUAUAAACAUAUGAAUAUAGCGAUACACCAAACCAAUACCUACAUUCACAAGAAUUUUGAAAAUGAAUUAUAUUUUUCAAUAAGAUUAGAAAGAAAUAAUGCCUCUGUUUUCGAAUACAACUUUUUGGGUUAUCCAGAAAGAAAUGAAGCUCUGCUAUGUGAACAUAAUUUCCAGAUUAAUGAUAAAAUUCACAUCUACCAUGUCGAACCAUCUCGCUUAAAGUUUGAUUUGAAGGAAUACAAUAAUUUUAAACAAAAUAAUACUUUUCUGUUGACAAGAGUCGGUUUACAUAAUGUUGCUGACAUGGAGCAAAAUAUGAUUUCAUUACAAAUUGAAAACGUUAAUAAUUAUUAUUUGAAAUACAAUGAGGAUUUAAAGAAAAAUCUAUAUUUUCAAGGAAUGUUAAUUAAUUAUGUGAAUGUUUUACGUUCUACAGGAUUAGAAGAAAAGAUACCAAAAAACUGGAUUACAGCAGCAAACUAAGAUAUCUUUGUGGCAAUUUUUUUCGAAUUAUUGCUGUGGAAUUAAUCAGUUGUGUUGAAUGUUGACAUUUGUUAGCAAAACUUUAUAAUAAUACACGAAGAAAAAAGAAUAAUUGAACUUAUCGUUUGGAGUGUAAAACUGGAAUAAGUUGACUUUCUUCUGUUUAGAACUUAACCUAUACUAAGGAAUGUAAUAGCAUAAUAUUUAUAUUAGUGAACAUGUAAUUUAAUUUCACUUUAAUUAGGAAUUGAUUUUGGCGUCAAAUUCCUUUAAAAUAACGAAUUUUUGUUUAUUUAAAAAAAUUGUUGAAAUUAAUAUAUUUUUUAAUAAAAACAGUGUAAGUUGUACGCGAACAACUUACUCUUAAUAAAUUUUGAUUUGGAGUAUUACAAUGACAACAACAUUUCUAUGUAGUUUUUCACAGAAACUUUAUAAUAAUUUGUAGCUGUAAACCACUGUUUGAAGGUAAUAAAAUAUUUCAUAAAGGAUGAAUGGAUAAGAAAGUCAUUAAAAUCAAUCAUAAAGCAAUAGCAUAGUUUAUUGCACUUUAAGAAGUGUAAUUAAAAUUACAAUUAUUAUUUAACUGUGUUCGAUGGUUUCUCUGUUCACAGGCACGUAAAAUUGGUAAACAAUCAUUUUCUAACAAAUAUUUCUCUGUUCACAAACACUUUUUACAAAUUCUGCACAACAAACCG